AACCGGACCCGGACUAUACGCAAUUUGAAAUACGACAAGCCUAGUUUUAUCUCGUUUUUACAUCAAUAGAAAAUAAAUAUCACCAUAUUCCUUGGUUUACUAAUUUACCGCGGUUUCUGACAAAGUAGUAGUAAAGUUUCUAAGCUGUGUUCUUAAUUCUUACCUGUGACCUAGUUUCCUAAGUAAUAAGUUAUAUAAUAUUAUAAGUAAAGCAAAGCAUUAAUCACAAAUACAAUAUAAUGAAAUUAAAGUUGUAUUAUGAUCUUAUGUCACAACCGUCAAGGGCUUUGUAUAUUUUAUUAAAAAUAUCUGAGUGUAAUUUUGAACCAAAAUGUUUAGAUCUGCGACAAGGCCAGCACUACACAGAUGAAUAUCAAGCUAUAAAUCGAUUCAAAAAAGUUCCUGUUAUUGAUCAUAAUGGCUUUAUACUAACAGAAAGUGUGGCAAUAAUAUGGUACCUAGCUUGUGAAAAUGUGAUACCAAGAAUAUUAUAUCCAGAAAAUAGCAAAGCGCAAGCAAGAGUAGAUGAAUACUUAGAAUGGCACCAAAUUGGAUUAAGAUUACAUUGUGCUAUGUUUUUCAGGGUUAAGUACUUAAACCCAAUAUACACAGGCAAACAGCCAGAGCCCAAGAAAGUUGAGAGCUAUCAAAAGAGAAUGAUGAAUGCUCUUGAAGAGUUUGAUACUCUAUGGCUAGGACGGAAUCAGUUUGUAACAGGAGACAGUAUUACUGUCGCAGAUCUUUUUGCAGCAGUUGAAUUAGAGCAACCAAGAAUGGCUGGUUUUGAACCUGCUACUAGAUACCCGAACAUUGCAAAAUGGUGGCCAAAAGUUAAACAGCAUUAUAAUCCAUAUUAUGAUGAAGCACAUGUUAUUUUAAAUAAAAUUGUGCAGAAAAAUAUGUCUAAAUUGUGAAAAGUAUGAAAUUAUUUUUAUAUUUGAUUAGUAUGUAAGAAAUAAAUGAUAUUUUUUAUGAUACGGGUGUAAUC